AUGUACGGUCGAGGAAGGGGCAGUUAUCUUGGACUUUUGUUAGAAUCCCAAAUUGGCAAGAGUGCGACUGCCAGUACUAUAAACUCUGGGAAGGGUAAAACGCUCAGUGGUAAAACGUCAGACAAUGUGCUUAACGUAGAAAAUAGUUUAUCUUCUCCAAGGCAAAUUGUGUCCUCGACGUCGACUAUUUCGUCUCAUCCACAAGGUAUUUAAUAUUAAAUGUGCCGUAAGUUAAUAGUAUAAGUAUGUAUGUGUGUCUUUUUUGCCACUAUGUUUGAGGAGUUUAGAACGACUAUUUAAUUUUAAAGUUGUAUCUAUUCUUGUUUUUAAUAGCCUCAAGGUUUUACAAUUAAAACAUCAAAAACUUGACUGAAAUAAACUUGAUAAAUCUUACAUUAUAAAGUCAAACCACAUGUUUCAUAGUGUGAACUGCCUGGGGCAGACUCUAUAAAUAUAGAGAAUAAUUUAUAGCUUAAAAAGUUGUGUUUUAGGGGUCACUCACAGCAAAGCCUGGGCACAAAAUAAAGACACAGAGAAGGUCGACUCGAGUAACCGCUGCCACGCCAUGAUUUAUCAUCGAAAUGCUGACGCCAUGGUCCGAGCCAGUGCGUGUUUGAGAGGCAUUUUACCCUGGACGUCUGCCAUUUUGAAUAUUAUCAGGGGGGUGAAUGCCUCUCAAACACACACUGGCUAGGCCCAUGGUGUCAGCAUUUUGAUGACGAAUUACGGUUGCGCCAAAAUCAUAGGAAAAACCCAAGAAUCACUUUAAUCUACCUGUCGAAGACUGCAGACUGGCAGUCGAAAGCUCAUCCAAAUAAAUAUUUUUAACCAGUGAACAUUUGAAACUCUUAAUAUGAAUCCUAGUUUUGCAUCUAACAUCUUUAAAAACCAAGAAGUCGGGCAUCUGUGUUGUCUAUUUGGGACUUUGGUGGCAUAGUUACCAGUCAAUUCUUGCUAUGAACUAAUGUGAAAAGAGUCGGUCUUGAAACCAAAAGUCGUGGAUUUUCUCUGGGUGUUCCGGUUUCCUCCCCCAGGUGUGGGUUAGGAUAAAUACAGUGAAAAAAGUAAUAUCACAAUUGCUAUAAAGAUAAAAUAGCCUAGGGCUACUUCCCUCCACAGGCUGUAAUACUAAGUAUGUAAUUAGGUCAACCUGAUAAUUAAAGAUGAUGUCCACUCCGUUCUGCGUAUCAGUCCUGCUCAUAACAAAGGGGGACCCCUAGCUAUAAACAUUGCCCAAAUUUUGCAUCUUUCGAAUUUCACAACACAAGAAAAACUAUGCAUUCGCCAUCUUUAACCAGUUUAUAGUGUCCCUUGGUGCCCCUGCUUUAACACAUUUCGUCUCAACUACAUUUAUUGAGUACAGGUGUCAGCCCUCCGGUAGGGGGUGCAGCCACCCCAACUGUUCAGCUAAACUCAAUCUUCUCUGGAAAAACGGACCCAAGAGAAAAUCCUGAAAAAAACCCUGGCAUGUGCACAGGAGUGGACAUCUUUAAUAGGUUUCGCUGCAGCGAGAUUCAAGGGGUAGCGGAAGUGAAAAUCCUGAGUAUCAGGUUGGUAAUUAGGUAACCAUAAUACUUGAUGUAAAGCGCAUUUGAUCAUAUCCACAUUUAAAUUUGAGCUACCUGUAAUUCUGUAUAGAAAUGUUAAUUGUAAUCAUAAAAAAAAAUUGUUUGGUUCCAUUCUGGUUUCCAGUGGAGAGGCAGUAAAGUUUACCGAAGUGUUUCUCAAGAAUCUGACCAAAGUAAGAAUAUUUAUAUUAUGUUAUUCAAUGGUGUAGAUAAUGACAAGAAAAGCCCUCAGCCAACUUGGACCUCCCUUGACCUUCUUGGGAACAGGGGGAAACGGAAUCUGCGUGGAAGUGAUUCCUCACCAAAACUAACUCAAGAAAAUUCUCAAGCUAGUGAAGAAGAUCAAACAAGGUUGUAAAAAAGUGAUUGAAUUAAAUUAAAUUUAUUUGAAUUAAUGUAAUUUUAAAAGACUGCAAAUUAGCAUGUUUACCAUAUGGACUGUAACUCAAAUGACCUAUUCCAAUUUAAACCCAUUCAGCAUGAGCACUCUCCUCUUGACAAGUAAAAUUGUUUGGUGUUAGACAGAGUAAAAUAAUGAAUGGCUGUGCUAAUUCCAAAAGGAUUCCCUGGUUCCUCUGAAACAUGCUGUGGGUCAAAAUUGGAAUACUGCCCAAUUUUGAUAAUAAUUAAGAAUGUGUUAUAAACCAUCAAGUGGCAGCAUUCUGCCCUUGACAGGUACAGUUGUCUGGCAUUAACGAUAAAGUAGGGCAUGCAUUAGGCUGCAAUGCAACUUAAUGGGUUAACCAUAGAUUGAUUUGUAUGUGGUAAAUUAUUGACCCAUUCGAUUGUGUGGCAGCACUCUCCUAAAGUAGGGCACGUCAGGGUGCAUUGCUACUUAAUUAAAGGGUUAAUUUAUUUUCUUGAUUUUUCUAAAAUCGUACAAUGUUUUUUUCCCAUGCUUAGGAACUUAAAGACUGAUCCAGUAAAGAAAGUUCACCUAAUCUCUCCUGAAGAGUUCUUACUUUCACCUCAGGCAAACAACAGAGUAACGGACGAACCGCAGGAAAUCUCUGAAAUAGGUGUGAUAUAUAGCAAAGCCUUAGAACCCUUAGAUUUACCUGAAAAUUAGACACAUCCAUUGUCAUCAGGGGGGUACCCAAAUGACCUCUUAUAGGCCUGAUUGGGUUGGAAUUGCAAUAGAGACUAACAUCACCAUGUUAAUUCCAGUUUCGUGCCUAAAAGCUUGUACAUACAGUACCAGCCCAGAUCUUAGUCAUUUAGAGGGAGGUAAAUUUCCCAGAGAAAGAUAUUUUCCAAAUAGGCCUAAAUUUUUUUCCAAAUAGGCCUAAACAUCUUAGGGCAACAUUUUUAUGCUGUGUCAAGAGAGGGAACUAAAGCCAGCUUUAUAUUAGUAUUUAAUGGCAUUUAAUUCAACAUAGAAAAUUAGUACUGUGCUAGAUGCAAAAAGAGCUACACCUGUUUUGGCAAAGAAAGUUAGUGGUAACCAUUGGCUUGGCAUAAAGCCAUUCCCCAAAUGUAUUACAGUAUGAGCUUUUAGUAAAUAGUAAGGAUUUGUUCCAUGCAUGGCUGGGUCACAAUCUUGAAAUGUCUGCAAGGUCUCAGAUCUGUUCCUACAUAAAGGCGGUUUUCCACUAGGCGAAAUUUUUCGAUCAAACCGAAAUUUCUAUUGUUCAAAUUCAAAAGAUUUCUGUUUAGUUCCAUUUGUACCAAUUUGAAUUUGUUAUUGCCCCAAUUUCAUUAUUGGAAUUUUAAAUUUUAUGUUAAAGGUACUUCCUCAGAGAACAGUGAAAGCAAUACUAGCUCGACUUCUCGAUACAUCCCUCCACAUCUACGCAAGGGAUUUUCCGGCAAGCCAGAUAUCUGUCCGGAUCCUGCAAUUGCAAAAUACAAGAAACUAGAUGCACCCACAUAUACUUUGACGGGAACAGCAGAAUGUCAUGCCCCUCAAACAAUGGUUGAAUCUGAAUUGAACUGGCAUAAAUGGAAACUACAACGAUGUUUUAAGAAAUUAAUAAAUAACUUGUCAGUUGAAAAUGUUGUGGGGUUGAGUGUGGAAAUCAGGAAGAUUUGUGAAGCAAGUCAGUUAUCCACAAAGUUCCCUGGUACAUCUGAGGUUAAUGUCUUGGUCGAUCUGUUGGUUGCACGUGUUAUUGAGCAGAAAGAUAGUUUUGAGGUUGCAGUACAAAUGUGUCAGUUACUAAAUGGUAAGUAAAGCAUUGACUGACUGACACACCAAUCAACUGACAGUUGACUAAUUGAUUGACCAAUCAACUGACAGUUGACCAUCUAACUGACCAAUCAACUGACAGUUGACCAACUGGCUGACCAAUCAACUGACAGUUGACCAUCUGACUAACCAAUCAACUGACAGUUGACCAUCUGACUGACCAAUCUAAGGAUCAACAGAUAAACAGACUGAUGCAAAGCAGGAAAUUGUGCUAUUGAACACAAUGCACCUUUUACCUUUAUAUAGUAAUAUACAAAGAUGAAUUUCCUGCAAAUUUAAAAGAUAUUUUAAGACAGUAUAGACAAGAAACUUUCAGUGUAAGUUGUUUUGCCUGUCAUUUUGAACAAAAUGAGUCGCCAUGGUAAUAACAGUUGUUGUUAACCACUUUUAGGGUGUUGCAAACAAAAAUUCUAUGUGUGAAAACUUUUGUAUAUUUCUUGGAAAGCUUUGUGAUAUUGCUAAAGACGAAACAAAAAGGUAGUUUUGAAUAGUCCUAUCUUCAUAUUUCUCAAUCCCCUCAAAUUAUGUCUUAAUAUAAGCCCCGUGCAGAUGAGCAAGGUUUCUUUGACAAGUUUACCUUCUCGUGUGUACGGUCAACAAGUUUCCCUUGACAAAUUUCGUUGCUGUGUACUCGGAAUGUUGUUAAACAUCUAUCUCAUAUGUGAUGUGAAGACCGUCUUUUGUUUGCCAAAUCCGUAGAAAUAUUCCUUGUACACUUGUCGAGUUUUCCUUGACGGCCGUACAGGAAAACGGAUUUUCCUCAUCCAAAAGCUGGCAUGAUUAGCUUUGGAAUAAUGCCCUGGGCAAAAUAGGAAACAUUGUUGCGGAAACAUUGUUUCCUACCAAUGGCAAUGUUUCGCCAUGUUUCUCAGAGUGGGCAAACACUAGGAAACAUUAGUGAGAAACAUAGGGAAACAUCAAAUGUUUCUGAAGUUGGUAGGAAACAUUUUUGCUUCCCGGGAAGCAAAUUUUGUUUCCGCAACAAUGUUUCCGCCGGUGGGCAAACAUGGAAACAUUUGAGGAAACAUCGAGAAUCACAAAUGUUUCCGCAACAAUGUUUCCUAGUUUUCCCAGCCCAGGGCUUAAGGCUCUUUGGCAAAAAUUGUCAAUUUUUUGCCAUACACACGUCGAACAAAUAAAAUAAAAGUUUUCAAGAAAAACUUGCUCGUCUGUAAUAAAUGGAUGUUUACUUUCUAUUGUUUGGUGCAAGAAUAAAGUGGAUAAAUCAAUGAGUCAAUCGACAUCUGUAUUAUACACGAACAAAGGGCAGCAAACGCCAAAUCACGAGCAUUGUUUUUUUUUUUGCAUUGAAGUUUUCAAGAUUGCUUGAGACAAAGUGUUGUGGGAUGCCUCCACGAUUGGAUUUCAUCAUUUCAGGUCAGGAGCGAAGACGUUCUUUGCAUUAGGGUUUGUUAAUAAAGAAGGUGGUGAAAAUUGUGCGUUGGGGUUGAAGAAUAGUCGAGUGUCGCUCGCAGGACUGAAAGUUAAACAAUUGUUAAGCCCAGGGCAAACUAGGAAACAUUGUUGCGGAAACAUUUGUGAUUCUCGAUGUUUCCUCAAAUGUUUCCAUGUUUGCCCACCCGUGGAAACAUUGUUGCGGAAACAAAAUUUGCUUCCUGGAAAGCAAAAUGUUUCCUAGCAAAUUCAGAAACAUUUGAUGUUUCCCUAUGUUUCUCACCAAUGUUUCCUAGUGUUUGCCCACUCUGGGAAACAUGGCGAAACAUUGGUAGGAAACAAUGUUUCCGCAACAACGUUUCCUAGUUUGCCCUGGGCUCUAGGUUGAACAUUUGCAACUUAAAAUUUGAACAUGAAUGUUCCACUAUGUCUAUGGACCAAACGCAUGCAUGUCCCAAUAUGUCUAUGGACCAAACAACGUAUGGUCGACAGACAUCAUUUCUUGAAUUUAAAAUCAUGCCAUGGUCAACUAGGCCUCUGUGUUUAGGCCGGAACAGAUUUAGCACAAAAAUACUCAGUUGGUCUACAGAAUAUUUUUAUCUCCAGGUUGUGCUCCCAGGAAGAAAGUUUUUUUUAGUUGAUAACUGUGACUAUUGUAACUGUGACUCGUGAUUUUCUGGCAUUUUUUGUCGUUAGACUGCAGAUGAAUGUUCUCAGGAGGCAGAGGUUAAGGUGUCAUACUUGUGUUACUUACUAGAAGUCACCAAAAGCGUAUUGACCACGGAAAAAGGGCAAGUACAUAUGCAAUUUACCAUAUUUUAAACUGGAUAAAUUUAAUGGUUAUCAUCAACGUCUAAACUUGGUUUUCUAUAGAACUUGGGUAAAAUCGUGUUUUGGCAAAAUUAAGAACUGCAUUUUGAAUGAAAAGGUGGCAGGGUAGGAUGAUUCAUCUAUUUGCAAUUCCUGAAAUGGUAAUUAUUAAAUUAUUGAAGAAAGUAUUGUUUCUCUCAAUCAAUAGGUCUGUCAAAGAGAAUCUAUUGGAUCAUGUCAUCAAGUGUUCCUUACAGUCUCCGACGACGAAAGAAAAUGAAAUUCUGAAAGCAAAUGCUGAAUCUGCUCCUUCAACUAAAACUGCCUCAGAUUCUCAUUUGUCAGGUUUGUCUUGGUUAGCAUACGACUAAAGCAUACGACAGGAUGGCCUGUUGAGCUUCAUGUAUAUCUGGAGUGAGAACUCAAGUCCAAAAAAUGAAACCCAUUCUCGUACCCAGAGCCCUUCUUACGCGCGGUGCGACGAGGGGCUCUGGCCAAAUCCAUAACCGGAUACCAUAAAAACAUGGUAAGAAAACAAUAUCCGGUGUUAGAACUAGCCAAUCAGAUGCCAGUUCGGAAUAUGGAUUUGGCCAGAGCCCCUCGGAGCUAUUAGACGUCAGUUCCAGUCCCUUUUCUAUUGUUUUUGUCUGCGCGGUUAACACGAAACUGCAAAGAGUGUGCCGAAAUUUCGUAUUUUUACUUCGAUUUAAAGAAUAUUACUAUGGUUUUAUGAACUGAUAACUUGGUUAGCGAUACGGUACGUUAGAAGAAACUGCAGUUAGCUGGGAAAAAUGGUAUAAAAACUGUGAAGUUCUUGUUCCAUAUAUAUAUAUAGAGGUCACCGGGCCUGACUACCCUGGUCAUCUGGAGAGAGUAGUGUGAUAUAAGCUAAAAAUAAUUCGAAGAACAAAGUAUGUCUGGCGGUGUGUUUUCGGUCCGAGGUUUCGUCUGUUUGCAUGUAUAUAGAGUUAAAUUUUCUUAUUUUUUUCGUAGAUGACGCAUAUAAAAACGUUAAGAGAAUGUUAUCAGAUCUAGAAUUGAGCCAUUUGUUGGAGAAAUUCCAGGACAAUUUAAUCCGGGUAGGAAAUUUUUGGUGUUUAGUAUGAGUUAAUGAGAAUCGUGAUAGUUUAUUUGUAGUAAUUGUGGUUUCUUGUUUUCCAGGAUACUCUUCUUUGUGCUGAGAAGAAUGAGCUGAAGAAUACACUUCAGGUUGAGAAGUGAAAUUUGUAUAAUAUACGGAAAUUACACUGUAUUAACAAUCUCAAUUUAGAUACAACCCUAAUCUCAACCUGCAUGCCUGCAGAUUUUAUGUGUUAAGGCAGUACCUUCAGGCUUAGAUAGCUAGCUCCACGGCUUCUAUAUCAUUCUUCCAGUUCGCCAGUAACUUCAGGGUUCUCAAUUCGAGUUUUGAAGAGCACAUUCUACGGCCAUGUUUCUCAAUUCUAAUCCUAAUCUUAUAUAUUGUGAAAUAACGAUUUUUCGUUUUAAAAUAGGAAGCAGGUUUUGCUCCAGGUGCGAUCCUUGAAAUCCAAUUAUAUCUUGAGAAAAAUGGUAUGUAAACUUUGUUAUCUUCUUCGUGAUCUUUAACUUUAAUGUAUGUAUACAGCAGGCCUAUAUAGAAAAUAUAUUUCUCUUCCCAAAAUAAAAAUUUCCUGUGCAGGAAAAAUAUAAAACUUCCUGCAUAUGUACACCUUCGGAGAACGAAUGGUGUCUCAGUGUGAUGAUAAAUUCCAAUCUCGGCACAAGACAAUCUCUCGACUUGCAAAAAAAAAGUUUAAAAUUUCCUGAAUUCCUGGCAGCGGUGUUGAUGGUGCUGGCGGUCAUUUUCCAGUACCAAUGUACACUAUGAUGUUGUUUUGACAACAUGCAUGGGGUUCAUUGUACGAAAUCUGAAAAAAUUAUAUCUAGCUGAUAGCGCUAGCUGCCUUUACCCAACACUAGUACAGCCCCAGAGCUUUCCUUAUGUAUUCUGCUGUGAAACAAUUAACAAUUAUGAUUUUUCUGUAAUCAUAAUUAACAAUUAUUCGCCGAAGGCGAGGUGAUUAUUGGGGAAUAUUCGCCGAGACGAAGUCGAGGUGAAUAUUCCCCGAUAAUCACCAAGCCUGAGGCGAAUAAUUGUUUUAGUAUUUUUGUGUUUUUUUUAGGACUGAAUUUAUUUUAAUUUCGCUUAUUUCUUUAUCAGUAUAACGUCCUCAAAACGGCCAGCCGCCAUUUCGAAAAUUUCGGUUUUAAUAUACGCUUAAUACGUCAAAUUUGACCAAUCAACUUGUAGGAUUUGUUAUGUUCACUUGUGCAAAAAUACUAAUACUGCAUAUUCCCAUAGUUAAUAUAUGAUAUUCCCAAUAUAAUUUUCUUCUCUACCCAUUUUAGGCGACAACUUCCAUGACAAUGUUCCUGAAAAAAUGCAAGAGACUAAGCCUGGUCGUGUCAUUGACCCUCAAACACGAGUAAGAAACCUUGAAAACAAUCUUAAAGAAAUACUUUCGACUAUUGAAUCUGAAAAAAAAGAACAGGCAGAAGUGCAAAAUGAGGCUGAAAAACAGAAAGAAUCUGACACUGAAGUUGAAAAUGUUGAGCCAUUAGAUUUGAAAGAACUGCAAGAUAAUCUCAUGACUAAUUAUCAGAAUAGUUUAGAGCAAAGAGCCAUCCCCCAAUCGACUUGCCGGCCUCCGCCCGGAUUUUCACACCAAGGGGAAGAAAACCGUACACCACCUUCAUCGGAAGAAAUACAGGCCAUUAAUACCGAAUUACGUGUUGCUAACCAUUUCCCUGAUUUAACGACAACGAGAGAAGUUUCGCUUGCAGGAGAGAGGAAAAAUAAUAUAAUGGAAUUCAAGGAUGAAAAUACACAAGCUGGAAAUCCGGUUGUGAACUUGACACAAAAUGGCGGGAAGAGAAAUUAUAAUGAGCGCUCAUUUCCGAAAUAUAAAGGCAGAGGACGGGGUCGUAGGGAUGUUAGUGGAACCUUGGAAAGUUCGAAGGAUAACAGUGAAUCUCUAGUGUUCUCAGGUGAUGCACGUGGAUCACGGUGGAACUCAAGGGAUAUGAAAGGAUUCCAACAUAUGACGGUUAGAGAUAAUACUGGAUAUGUGGAGUGGAAUAAGAAUGAUUCUCCAGAAACUUCAAGGAAGGGUUAUAGUAGACCGCAAAGUGGGUGGAAAGAUGUGAAAGGAUUUUAUGAUAGACCGUUCGGAUAUGCAGAGGAAAGCAUUGCACUCACCAUGGAUUCACACACGACAGAACCUCGCGGUGAGUUCGGCUCAUCUUUGUCAGCCGACGCCGGCCUCGGUACAUCUCGUGCCGAAUUCGGCUCAUCUGUCCAUGUUGGAUGCUUCAUUUGUGGCGGUAAAGACCAUCGCUCAGCGUACUGUAAAAAUAAUGCUGCCAUGUUUGAUUAA